AUGAUGGAGACGUCAGACGAUGAGGCUCACACUGAGUCCAUCGCCUCCACAGACGGCAAUACCCCCGACGACGCUUCGAGCUUCAGCGACGAUGACGACGUUGAUUAUGGCACCGAUGGCCGCCACCUGCAUCACAGCUUUGCCUCCCUACAGGCUGAAGCUCCCGAGCAGCAACACCACGACGCGCGGUCCAUACAUAGUGCGGGAGACAGUACGCUGACCGAGGUCCCAAUGCACCGCGGAUACAGUGGACACUCUCGUGGUAUUAGGCUUGAUGAGCAGCCAGGUCAAGACGAUGGUGUAAGUCAAGGUGCCAAAGUCAUAAGGACGUUCCCAGACGAGAAUGGCACCUGUUAUUCGGUCUUCGACGAGUACGGCUGCUCGGAGGUCAGGGUCGUCGUCAAGGCGGCCUUGUCAAACAAGUCUAUCUCUACGCCAGACUCAUACAGGAUUUGUUACAUCGGCAUGCCUGACAAGUGGGACGAGGACGUCAUUACAACUAAGAUCACUGCGGCACUCACCGCCAGUCCAGGGACUUCCCGCUCAAUCAUGGUGCAGGGCCAACUGGAGCCCUAUGGUCCCAUCAUGCAUGUCGACCGCUGUACAUACAUUCAGGUCCUGUCUACGGGCAACGAGCCGGCGCGCAUCGCGCUCAGACUAGACAACGGAGAGCAACUCUCCUUCGGACAAGGACGCCGAUCUACCUCUGAGGCUCGACCAGACCUCGUCAUUUUCUGUCACCCAUCAGCACCUCGCACCGCUAACGAUGCGCAAGAGUACAACUGUGCUCGCGAAGCUUUUGACCAUGAGCAAAUGCCAUAUCUCGAACUCACUUCCGUUCGACAGUAUCACCACGGAGCAUUGUCAUACGAUUCAAGAAGCUUGGCGGUUUGCAUGGAGGGUCGUAAUAGCCCAGAAGCUGACUUCAGGUUGAAAGAGGUACUUCCCAUUGACCACUUCACGUUCAGCGACCUCGAGCCCUCUCAGGUCAAUCGUCAUCUAGCGCUGAUUAGCCCCCACAUGGUGACAGUAUCCAACAAGAGCCAUGAAGACGUGCAGAAAUCUCAUAUCACAACGCCAGACUUGGCAAAGGCACUCCUGGCGGCUCUCUCAGCAAUGGUCAUAGCAUACCUCUUUGGGCCCACCAUGAUGCUGAUGCUAGCCUCCAGCAACGAUGCUGUGCCGGCGGCUUUUACACCUUACUCGGAGCUCUGCUCGUCUCCUUCGUCCACAUUUAUGAGCUCUUCAUCAGUCACUGCUGUCCCUUCUUCAUCAAUCAUGCCUACGCCCAGGGAGCUCACCAUUGUUCCACCACAAAUCAAGCCUCAGACGAAGCCAGUGAAGAAGACAGAAAAGACUAUCCACUUCAGGAUUAAGCCAACGAAUGAUCAUCAAUUCAUACUUGUCCCCAACAAGGAGAUGCUCAAUGCUCGCAAGAAGCCGCAGCUCCAGAUCCAUGUCGUACGAGAAGCAGAAUCAGCUCCAAUACGAUUCAAUCGGACCAUCAGCGGCAUCUACGUUGUCGACCUCGAGCAGCAAUACCCUUUCGGCAUGUUCAACGUCACCAUUGCGAGCUUCUCAAAGCCACUACUUGAGCAAUCAUUCGAGAUCGCGUUGGGACAUAACAAAUCAAUGCUUGAUCAACUCAUUGACUCGACUAUCUGGAACCUCGGUCACACACCCAGCAACUUGUUCAACAUCACUAACAAGGCUGCUCUUGCACUGCGCGUUAUGAGCGAUGAGCUGAUGCACUCGCAGCCAGACAUCAAGACUCGCCUUCGUUGCGCUAAAAAAGCAUUAGAACAGAUGGGCAGCAAGGCAGCAGCCCUCAAGCAGGUUCCAGAGGCCACCUGGGUGGGUAUGAGAGAGGUCACCGCGCCUAUUCGCAGGUCAUCGUCGCUCUCAAAACUGAGGAUGCGAGCUCUAUGGGUACGCUGCCGGGCUGAGACGGCCACAGGAUUGUCGAGCAGCGUGCAAGACAGCAAGAAGAGCUGGGCCUGCUCAAAGCUGGGCAACAAGGCGUAAUGGAUGGGGUCAAGGCCUAGCGUUCGACAUUCACCUUUUUUCAAUCGUUGGAAGGCGUUCUACUGAGACCGAGGAUCGAUACCCAGGCACAGAUCGGAGCAUUAGGUGUUAUACUUGGUUGUAGCAAUGGUAGGGGUAGCAUAUUUAAAGUCUUGCAUGAAGCC